AUGUCGUACCCAGAGGAACUGGCUGUCCUGGCAGAUGGAGACUUGCUUGACUUCCUCCUGAAGGAUGAUGCUCCCUGCCCUGAAAUCCCAGGGGAGGAGAAUGGUCUGCUGGAAGACUGGGACAUGCCAGACCCUGAGCUCCUGGACAAGGAGGUGGAUGACUUCAUCAGCUCCCUGCUGAGCCCCCUUAAAGAUGAACCAGCCAUGCUGCAGGGUUACUCACCUGCUGACUAUGACAGUGGCAUUUCUAAGCAUCAGCCUCUAUCACAAAGUCCUGGCAGCAACUUUUCCAGCAGCCCUUGGAGCUCAGACGUUGUGCAGGUUGAUCACAACUAUUCCCUCCAUUGGGACUGCCCUAUGCUGGAAAAUGUGAUGUCUGACAUGGCAGGAGGAGAUGUUUCUGCUGACAUUGGGACAUCAACAGGUUUGGAAGGAACAAGCAAGGCAGUGGAAGAGAGCUCCAGUUUCCCUGUUGCUGUGGAUGCCGGACCCCAGGUUGUGCCUGGAGCUAUCAUGCAGUCUGACUUUCCAGAGCUGGUCCUGACAGGGGAGGAGAUGCAGCUCCUGGAGAGAGAAGGUGUUUUAUUACCAACUUGUCUGCCAUUGACUGAAGGGAAGAAAUGACCCUUGCAGGCUAAAGACUGGCCUCUGAAGAAGGUGCGUCGUAAAGUUCGGAACAAGCAGUCAUGCCGGGAUAGUCGUCGCAGGAGGAGGGUGUACGUUGGUGGCAUGGAAAGCAGUGUGGCAGCCUACAUAGCUGAGAACCACAAACUGGAGAAGAAGGUGCAGCUGCUGCAGAAGCGGAACAUGUCACUACUCAAGCAGUUGAGGAAACUGCGAGCCUUGGUGAAAGAGUCCACUGCCAUAACUACCACAGCAGAAACCCACACCAUGGUUGUGGUUCUGUCCUUCUGCCUCGUUCUCUCCCCGAGCAUCUGCUUAUCUGAGAGUGGAGAGCCACAGCUGCAGCUCAGAGUGCUGCCACAGCAGAUCCAUGGGUUUCCAAACCAAGUAGUACCUGAAGUGGAGGAGAACGCUGUGCUGGAGGGAUUCAGCCCAGAGCCUGAGAACCAGUUGCUGUUGGGCUGCCUUAGUCAAUUACAGAAAGAGGAGCAGAGUCCACCCGACGCUGAUCCCGGAUCUUCUUUCAACAGCCCACCCAACGCUGAUCCCGGAUCUUCUUUCAACAACAGCUUGUCCCCUGACCCUCCAGCGGCAGUAGCCUGUGAGCUGGCCCCUCGUGAGCCUCAGACACACUGGUCCCAGGUUGACCCUUUGCAGCCAGAGGUGCUGGUGGUAUGGAAAACAAACAGGCAGGAGCAGGUGGAAGACAGUGCCAUGGUUGUAAUCAAGCAGGCUUGCGCUGAUGAGAUGUGA